UUUGACACAUGUAUACUGAACAAUUUGUUUUUUAGGGAUCCGAGACAGAAGCGGCUGGCGGAGAAGCAGAAACAGCAGCAGAACUCGCAGAUUGGUGCGGUGCCUGAGAAGCUUAGCUUCAAAGAGAAAAUGAAAAUGUUUGCAAUGGAGACUGGCGAGGAUGGUACGCCACGGGAUAAAGUCAAAAUUUCGCGUGCCCAGCGUGAAAUUGACAACAUUAGCAGCCCACUUAAUUCCAACAGCAACAACAAUAAUAAUAACAACACCACCAGCGGCAAUAACACCAAUAACAAUAGGACCUAACCGUUGCAUUCUUUUCAGGCUCUUUAGCAAUUAAGGUAGAUCAGAUAUUUUUUGAGGUAUUUAGGAUGCUUGAAGAAAAGUUACGAUUAUGAAUCGUGUAAUUAAAGGAGCAUGAUAUAUAUGAAAAGGUAAUCUUUUUAGAAUUUAUAUAAUUUGAUUAAAAGACAACAC